UAUCAUGUGACAAAAAAAUAAAAAUAAAUAAAUAAAUAAAUAAUUAUAAAAACUUUUUCCAGGUUUAAAUAAUUUUAUCUUACCAUUAAGUGUCAAUAUUAUGACAUUUAUAUAAAAAGGCACAUUUUGUUCAGAUCAUUUGUAACCCUGAGAAAACUUCUUGCUAUUCAUGACUCAAAAUUAUGUCUGAAAAAUGUCAUUAAUGAUUACGUUAUGUUGCGGUGUGUGUGUUUAAAAUAGUUUUAAAUGAAGUAUUACACACUACAGGACAGUGCUUUCAGAGUUGGACUUCAUUCCAACUACUCAACCGUAAAUUACUGCUGAUUGCCUGAGAUUUCAGUUCUCUCAAAGUUGAAUUUUUAAACCCUAUAAAUUCAGAUGUCACACACCUUUGUACUUUACCUAAUGAAUAUCAUUUAUCCAUGUCCUCUGUAACCUUUAGAACAACCCUUCCUUACAAUGGCUUUUACACUGGGAAAGUAAAGUAUAUUUACCUUUAAGGAGUGUGAGAUUAGCUCUGUUAAAGUUCAAUAUUUACUAAAUGCUUACGUCUGUGGUUAUUAUAAAAUAGACAUAUGGUUGUUUUAACAUUUAUAAUCAUCCUGAUCACAUGAGGAGGACAAAAUAGCAAUUAGGCUCAGAGAAUGGAUGGACAAGCAAAAUGAUGCAUUGGUAUGUUUAUUUCUUAUCCACUAAAGGAGUUAAAAUUCAGUAGAAGGCAGUAAGUAGUACAUUGCCUUCUAAACCCAACUCAAAGCGCCUUGUGUGUGUAAACAAAGAGCCCUUUAAGAUGUGACCCGCCUGCCACGUCGAGCGCCUGUAAUAUGACAGUAAAGACGAAUUGAGGGUUAAAGUACACGCUCUCAAGUCUCUAUAAAGAGUUUGCAAACACCCUCUCCGCUUUUAUGCUUAAUCGUGAGACUUCACUUGAGAAAGCUGAAUGCGGAACGAGUUAACCAUUCAAACUAGUCAGACUGGGUUAACAGGUUGUACUGAUUCACACGUGAGCGGCAAGUGUGUCUUGGUUGCACUUUACUGAUAGUGGCACUUGGAUAUAUGGAUACCCACUCCAUAUGUGGACAGACGUAAAAUCACACAGAUGUACUCGAAAAUCCGCGAACGGUCCACUGAACGGCGCGUACAGACAGAAACAAUGUCGCGUUGUGUUACUAUCUCAGAGGUCAUACCGGUGUGUCUUCGCUCUGGCAUUGGGGUGUGCGUUGCUGUUGUUCGUGUUAAGCCUGAUUAAUUCGCCCCUGCCGCCGUUGGAUGAUCCCACGCACGGUGAGGUGACCCCCGGUGUUACGCUCCUCAUCUGGUGGAGGCCCUUCGGGAACCGGGAUCCCCUGCCCGACUGCGCCGUGAGUUACGGAAUCCAGGGCUGCACCAUUACCACGAAGAGGAGCGCGUAUGCCCGCGCGGAUGCCGUGAUUAUACACCACCGCGAUCUGAUGCGAAACUGGAGCGCGCUGCCCCGAGCGCCGCGUCCUCCGCGCCAGAAGUGGAUCUGGAUGAACUUUGAGUCUCCGACUUACUCCGGCUGGCUACAUGGGCUCGACGGAGUGUUUAACCUCACCAUGUCAUACCACCGAGGCUCAGACGUGUUCCUGCCCUACGGUUAUCUGCAGCCCAGGAGGGGAGAUGGAGGUGCCCCGCAGUUGAGCGCGCUGCACCGGCGCAAGCGCGGGCUGGUCGCAUGGGUUAUCAGCAACUGGGACGAGCAUCACGAGAGGGUGCGGUUUUACCGGAAUCUCCAGCGAUAUAUACGUGUGGAUGUGUUUGGACGUGCGACGACGACGCGAGAUUUAAUAUCUGACAGCGUUGUGCGCACUGUAUCGCGAUAUAAAUUCUACCUCGCCUUCGAGAACUCACUGCACACAGAUUACAUCACGGAAAAACUGUGGAGGAAUGCGCUCUUAUCAGGCGCCGUGCCCGUAGUUUUGGGUCCGCCACGGGAGAAUUAUGAACUCUUUCUUCCCGCUGAUGCCUUCAUACAUGUGAAAGACUUCAGCGGCCCGCGGGCUCUCGCCUCAUACCUGAAACACCUGGACCGAAACCCCGCCCUCUAUCAGCGCUACCUGAGUUGGACGCGUCACUACAGCGUGCAUGUGACGUCAUUCUGGGCGGAGCAUUACUGUAUGGCCUGUCGAGCUGUUCAAGCCAGCAGAGACCAAAACAAAGUAGUCAGUGAUCUUGCUCUCUGGUUCGAAUCUUGAUGUUUGCUUGAUUAUCUGUCAUAGUUGGUCAGCAAGUAUUUAAAAGAAGAAUGAAUGUAGAAAAUUCCUCUGAGAAGUUUUCCGUGUGGUGACUCGCCUCAGUCCGGGUGGCGGAGGACGAAUCCCAGCUGCCUCCGCGUCUGAGACCAUCAACCCGCGCAUCUUAUCACGUGGCUUGUUGAGCGCAUCACCACGGAGACAUAGCGCGUGUGGAGGCUUCACGCCAUCCACCGCGGCAACCACGCUCAACUCACCACGCACCCCACCGAGAAUGAACCACAUUAUAGUGACCACGAGGAGGUUACCCAAUGUGACUCUACCCUCCCUCGCAACCGGGCCGAUUUGGUUGCUUAGGAGACCUGGCUGGAGUCACUCAGCACGCCCUGGGAUUCAAACUAGCGACUCCAGGGGUGAUAGUCAGCGUCUUUUACCACUGAGGCCCCCAAUCCUGCUUAUUACAUGGCUACUAAAUAAAUAAAUGGACAUGGAAUAUUGAUUUGUGUCGAAAUUAUGUUAUUAUGUGGAAAGAAAAAAAAUCGCUGAACAGCUGAUUGCACCUCUGGUUUGCAUCAGAGUUCUGUUGGUGUUUGGAAAAUUACUGUCUGAUUGCUCAUUAUCCAGCUUAUUACAAGACUCAUUGCCAAAAAGAUAAAUAAAUGGACAUGAAACAUUGAUAUUAGUUGAAAUUAUUUUAUUAUUUUACUAGUAGAGAUUGUUGAGUUAUACGAGAAGUAGGAAAGAUGACUCACAAUACCCGGAUGACCGGUCUGAAAUGACUUAAUCUCCAGAUAUGCUGUUGUUACUCAGACAUAUCAGACUGCCAGAGGGCGCUACUGAACAAUCAGAAUCAAGUAUUCCAGAGGGCCUUGUAAUAAGUGAUUUUAUCAUACUAAAAUCAUGUCAACACGCAUAUUGUUAACAUUUGGCGCUAUACUUUUGAAACAUUUACAGAUUGACCAUAUUCACUUCCACUGUAAGUUCCUUAAAGGUGCUGUAAGUGGAUAUCUUUUUUGUGGUAUUCAACACAAAUGCUGUUGAUUGAGCUUAACUUGUAUUGAACCCGGAAUAUUCAAGUUAUUUAUUGAUGAUGUUCCAAAAGAAUUAAAACAUAACACUAAUAAAUAUUCUUAAAGCUGAA